AUGCGUCCUGUCAGCGUUAUUUUUGGACGUUUCUUGGGGCGGUGCUCUUCAUUACAAGCAAGCCGACAACUCGCAACCGGGUCCACAUGUACAAUCAGAGAUGCACUCAAUCAGGCUCUUGACGAGGAAAUCAGACGAGAUCCAAACGUUUUUCUGAUGGGUGAAGAGGUUGCACAAUACGAUGGAGCGUACAAGGUUUCGAAAGGUCUUUGGAAGAAACAUGGAGAUUCUCGUAUUUGGGAUACACCAAUCACCGAGAUGGGAUUUGCUGGAAUUGCUGUAGGAGCUGCGUUUGCUGGUUUGCGCCCCGUUUGCGAGUUUAUGACUUUCAAUUUCUCUAUGCAGGCUAUUGAUCAAAUCAUUAAUUCGGCUGCUAAAACCUACUACAUGUCAGCGGGAAAGGUUACUUGUCCCAUCGUUUUUCGAGGACCAAACGGGGCUGCUGCUGGUGUGGCUGCUCAGCAUUCUCAGGAUUUUUCUGCUUGGUUUGCACACUGCCCGGGAUUAAAAGUUGUUACCCCUUACAAUGCCGAAGAAGCCAAGGGACUUUUGAAAGCUUCAAUUCGCGAUGACAAUCCAGUGGUGUUUCUGGAAAACGAGAUUCUUUAUGGUCAACCUUUCCCGUUCUCUGAUGAGGCAAAGAGUGAAGAUUUUGUAUUGCCAAUUGGAAAGGCCCACGUUGAGCGGGUCGGCAAGCACGUAACAAUUGUGACAUAUUCAAGAGGAAUGGAAUUUUCACUCGAAGCAGCCAAAGAACUCGCAUCGAUCGGUGUUGAAGCUGAGGUGAUCAACCUUCGAACGCUGCGACCAUUUGAUUUCGAAACGAUUAAAAAGAGUAUUAUGAAGACCAAUCACUUGGUCACAGUUGAAACGGGAUGGCCAUUUGCAGGAAUCGGAGCAGAGAUUAUCGCUCAAGUGAUUGAAUCGGAAGCCUUUGAUUAUCUUGAUGCUCCCCCAUACAGAGUAACUGGCGUAGAUGUUCCAAUGCCAUACACCCAGACGCUUGAAGCUGCGGCACUUCCAACGACGGCGCAUGUUGUGAAAACGGUGAAAAAGAGCCUUCACAUCCAA